AUGGCCGAUCCACCAGGCGACGUUGUAUCCUAUAGCCGUCGAAAGGGAGCAGACAAACAGGCAACCCCGGCAGCCGAUGACGCCAACCAGGCCGUACUGCCGCCCACCUCCCCAUGCGGGGCUUGCAAGUUUCUCAGGAGGAAGUGUGUCAGCGAGUGCAUAUUCGCUCCCUACUUCAGCUUCGACCAGGGGGCGGCGCAGUUCGCCGCAGUGCACAAGGUGUUUGGGGCUAGCAAUGUGUCCAAGCUGUUGCUGCACAUUCCGAUUAGUUGCCGGCAAGAAGCCAUUGCGACAAUCUCGUAUGAAGCUCAGGCCCGACUUUCUGACCCGGUAUAUGGCUGUGUGUCAAGCAUUAUUGCUUUGCAACAACAGGUGGCUUUCCUACAAGGGGAGAUUGCAAUGGUGCAUAACCAAUUGAACAAUAGGCUGGCAAUGGCAAAUGCCAUGCAGAGUUCACAGCAACAACAGCAAAUGGCAAUGUUGCAAUCAGCCUUCUCCAACAACGUCUCGUCCACAACAAACAACUUGGUUAACAUGAGCAACUUCAACUCCAGUUGCGACCUCACGGCGGAGAUGGCUCCUUCCGCCCAUAGGUUCGAGCCCCACCAGUACUGGACUCCGUGUCAAGACGACGAGGAGGAGGACGAGGAAGAUACCCAGAAUUUGGUGGGAUUUGCCAAUCAUAUCCUUAAUCCCAAAUGA